AUGAUGGCCGAUGACGAGGUCACCAGCGCACAAUGCCAAACCAGGAUAGGAAAUAAAGAUAAACGCGAUUCGAUAUUGAAGGAAAGGGGAGACAUUAAUCAAGAUGGGGAUAAUAUUGAUGCUGAAGAGAAACACACCUAUGGGGAGGUGAACCAACUACCUGUCCUACAGCGCAGGCUGAGAAGCCGACAUCUUCAAAUGAUUGCCAUCGGUGGAACAAUUGGAACCGGUUUAUUUAUUGGUAGCGGCACCGCUGUUGCCAUCGCCGGUCCUGUUGGGGCCUUGAUUGCAUACAUAUUUGUGGGCUCUAUAGUGUUUUCGGUCAUGGCUGCACUAGGAGAGUUGGCAACCUACCUUCCCAUUCCAGGUGCAUUUACCGCAUACGCCUCACGACUGGUCGAUCCUAGCCUAGGCUUCGCAAUGGGCUGGAUUUACUGGUUUUCAUGGGCCUCGACAUUUGCUCUUGAAUUAACCGCGACCGGUCUCAUCAUUCAGUACUGGAACGAAUCAAUCCCGAUUGCUAUCUUCAUCGCUAUAUUUUGGGUCCUUAUAAUCGCACUGAAUAUGCUCCCGGUUAGCUUUUAUGGUGAAACCGAGUUUUGGCUAUCAAGCGUCAAGGUCGCCACGGUCGUCGGAUUUAUGAUAUUUGCAAUCUGCAUGAAUGCCGGAGUUGGCAAGGAGGGUUAUAUCGGAUUUCGAUACUGGGUCGAUCCAGGUCCCUUCAAUGCCUAUUUGGUUGACGACAAUGCCUCCCUGGGGAAAUUUCUUGGAUUCUGGGCAGUUCUUAUCAAAGCCGGAUUUUCAUACCAGGGAACUGAGCUAGUGGGUAUUGCAGCGGGUGAGACCGAGAAUCCUCGCAAGAAUGUCCCUUCAGCCAUUCGGAAAACUUUCUUCCGCAUCAUUUUCUUCUUUAUAUUGACAAUUUUCUUCAUUGGAAUUGUUGUACCGUCCACCGAUGAAGGCCUAAUCGCCAGUCAAGGCACUGGAGCCGAUGCUAAUAAUGCCAACGCCUCACCUUUCGUCAUCGCCGCUAAGCGGGCGGGCGUCAAUGUGCUACCUAGUAUCAUUAAUGCAGUUUUGCUGACUGUUGUUCUCUCCGCCGCCAAUUCAAAUGUCUAUUCUGGGAGCCGUAUCCUCGUGGGCCUUUCUCAUGAUGGGUUUGCGCCAUCAAUUUUUGUGAAGACAACUAAGCAUGGCGUUCCCUACUGGAGUGUGCUAUUUACAGCCCUUUUUGGUCUGCUUGGCUUUUUGAAUAUCUCCAACACCGGAAGCACCGUCUUCAAUUGGUUGAUGCAGAUUGCAGGAUUAGCAGGCUUCAUCACCUGGACAUCCCUGAACAUUUGCCAUCUAGCAUUCAUGAAGGCCUUCAAAGCGCAGGGAAUUUCUCGUGACAUAUUGCCCUACAAAGGCCCCUGGCAGCCGUAUCUCUCAUGGUAUGGCUUGGUCUUCAACACAUUGAUUAUAAUCACCCAGGGAUUUACCGCUUUCAUGCCCUCUUUCAGCGUGACCGACUUUUUUAUCAACUAUCUCAGUCUCUUUCUGUUUGCUGCGCUUUACGUCGGACACAAGAUUGCUUUCCGGCAGCCAUUGGUCAAGCCUGAAGAGGCUGAUAUUUACACAGGUCGGCUAGAGUUUGAAGAUUAG